AUGAAAUCAUUUAUAUAUACAACAAUAGAUUUUAAUUUAAAUUAUUUAAUAUCUGUUAGUGAUACGAUUUAUUAUUGUUUAACAAUAUUUAUAUCACAACCAAAUUAUCUUUUACCAAUAUUAUCUCAUUAUUUAACAACAAAUCUAUUAUUAUUAUUUAUUAUUCAUUCAAUAUAUAAUAGAAAAAUAUUAUUUCAACCAUUAAAUCAAUAUAAAUUACUUGAUUUAUUAGUUAAGAAUUUAAUUCUAUAUUCAAAUUAUUUAACAAAUCAAACACAAAUACUAUCAAUACAACGUAUUUAUGAUCAACGACAAUCAUUAAAUAAUAGAAUGAAUAUUGGUUCAAUUAAUUUAUCAUCACAAUAUUUUUCUAAACCAAUUGAUCAUCAUACAAUUGAUUUACAACAAAUAUCUGUAUAUAGUUAUUAUGCAUAUGAUCAACAAAUGAUUAUUGAACAAACAAUUAUCGAUUAUAUUAAUAAUAAUAAUUAUACAUUUAUUGAAUAUUUUAAACAAUUAAAAAUAUGUUCAUUAAGUGUUGAAUUUCUUAAUGAAAUAUUAAUUAAUGAAUAUUUUUUAAAAUCAAUUGAAGAAUUAAAUCAACAAAUACAAUAUAUUAUAAAUAAAACAUCAAAUUAUUUAUUAAUUUAUCAUGGAUUUUAUUAUUUAAGAAAAAUAAUUAAAUAUUCAAAUGAAAAUAAAUUAAUUACACAUAAAUCAAUAGUUGAAAAUAAAGAUUAUCCAAUAUUACUUGAUAGAUUUGUUCAUGCAAAUGACGUCAUCCACAUCGUAACACAAAUAGAUUUAAUAUCAACAUCAUUACCUAUUCCAACAACAAUAAAUAAUCAAACAAUAAUUUAUGAUAAUGAUUAUCAAUAUUAUCAAGAUGAUAUUCAACAAAUUGAAUCAACAACAAUACAACAAUUAAAUACAAUUAAUAAUAAUAAUAAUAAUACAAAUUCAAAUUUUUGGGCUAAAGGUACAGAUUCAACACAUUCACAAUGGAAACCAGAUGAAAUAAUACAAAUACAAAAAUUCCAUGAAGAACAUUUUAUUUAUUUAUUUGAUAGAUUUUAUUCAAUAUUUUCAAAUAAAUUAUCUGAAGAACUUCUUUAUGAUAAUUUAAUUUAA